GACCAGUUAUCGUGAAUUAUGUUAUCUUUUCUGGUGUGCGUUUUUGGUCCCGAGUUAUCUUCCUGGAAACUGCCGCCUCUGCCCCCUCUCCUUCCCUCCUCUUCAUCUCAUAAUCACUUUCCUCUCAAAGUCUGAAGCAAGCAUUCGAGACUGUCAAACUGGCUGGCUUGACCAAAGCAUCACACUUCCACUCCAACCCCCCUCGAAAGCAAAACCUCCAUAGCCAAUAUCUAACUCCAAAAACCCAUGAUCCUCUUCCGUUUCUUCGUUGUGGCCAUGGCUUUGGCUUUAGUCCUACCCUCCCCGACCCAUUCCCAACAAAACAACUCCGAUCCGUGCCCUCUCGACUUCAGUGUCCUCCAACGGCUCAUCCAAAACUCCAACCGCCCCAGAGUAGACCUGACCACCGAGUGCCAGUACAUCCGCCAGGGCCUCCGACUCGUCCAGUCCCAUUACCUCCAGCUCACAAACUCGUUCCUCCCCCCACUCAACUCGUCCGAGUCAUGCUGGUCCGCUUACCAAGCUCUCAUCGACAAUUACCUUCCCGGCUUGAACAUCCGAUCCUCCUGCGGCUUCAAGACCGAGUGGAUCUCCGAGGGCUGCAUGAACAUCACCACCAGGGCCCAGUUCGAGAAGACUGUCUCCCAGCAAACCCUGGACGAAGUCGUCACCAGCUGCAACCAGUCCCUCGAGAACAACUCCCCCUGCGCCUCCUGCACCACCAGCCUCUCCACCCUUCAGGCCUCGUACCUGACCGGAGCCUCCAUCGGCAACGUCUCUGACUGCACGGCAUAUCCCUCGAUUUACGCGGCUGCGUUCGCCAAUCUGUACGGGCCUACAGAUAAAGGAACCGCCAAGUGCCUCUUCUCGCUCGAUUUCACGUCCUCGAGUUCCAAAAGUAAUCGGCGGAAGGUAAUCUUGGUUGUCUUGAUUGCUUGCGGUGUCGGGACUUUGCUCCUGAUUGGUGGGGGUUGGUUUUUGUUGCGAAUAAGAAGAAGAAGAAGAAGAAGAAAUGAGGGAUUGACUAUGAGCAUGAAGAACAGAGGGCAGGUCGGUAAAAUUGAGAUGGGAUUGGGUUCUGGGCUGGAAUCGAUCCAUGAUAGUACUACUUUGAUGAGGUUCACAUUCGAAGACAUCAAGAAAGCGACCAAAAAUUUCUCUAGGGACAGUAUAAUUGGUAGAGGAGGUUAUGGGAAUGUGUACAAGGGCACGUUGUCCGAUGGGUCUGAGGUUGCAUUGAAGAGGUUCAAGAAUUGUUCUGCUGCAGGGGAUGCGACUUUCGCGCAUGAGGUUGAGGUUAUUGCAAGUGUUAGGCAUGUCAACCUUGUUGCUUUGAGAGGGUACUGUACCGCCACAACUCCAUUUGAGGGUCACCAGAGAAUCAUCGUGUGCGAUCUGAUGAAGAACGGGAGUCUUCAUGACCAUUUGUUUGGUCCUUCGGAGAUUAAGCUAAGUUGGCCGAUGAGGCAGAAGAUUGCCUUGGGGACAGCAAGGGGAUUGGCUUAUCUGCAUUACGGGGCUCAACCGGGGAUCAUACAUAGGGACAUUAAAGCUAGUAACAUACUUUUGGAUGAGAGGUUUGAGGCCAAGGUGGCGGAUUUUGGCCUUGCAAAGUUCACGCCGGAGGGAAUGACGCAUAUGAGCACAAGGGUGGCGGGGACAAUGGGUUAUGUUGCUCCUGAAUAUGCGUUGUAUGGUCAGUUGACAGAGAGAAGCGAUGUGUAUAGUUUUGGGGUUGUGCUUCUGGAGCUUUUGAGUGGAAAGAAGGCGCUCGUUGGCAGCAAUGAGGGCCAGCCCUCACUUGUGACAGAUUGGGCAUGGUCAUUGGUGAGGAAAGGGAGAACUUUAGAUGUAAUUGAAAGUGGAAUGCCGGAGCAAGGUGUGCCGGAGGUUCUAGAGAAGUAUGUUCUGAUUGCAGUGCUGUGCUCUCAUCCACAGUUAUAUGCUAGGCCUACAAUGGAUCAAGUUGUGAAAAUGUUGGAAACAGACUUUUCAGUUCCCUCAAUCCCAGAACGACCGAUACCUCUAGUGGCUGAGCUUGACGAUAUUGAGAGAUCUGCGAGCAGCAGCGGCUCAGGACACAUGUCUAGCUCAACUGGCUAUCACCCAUUCACAUUCGAAAGUGACCGGCCGAGGACUCCUGAAUAGACAUUUUAUGAGUUACAUUAUAUCUAGUUGGCAAUAUGAUUUGUUGGUUUAUAUUUUAUGGUUCCUGAAUUUGGAACGGCAUGACCUAUUGUAAAGAAAAAAUACAUGUAUAUUUAUAGUGGAUUCUUGUAAAUUUUGUGGUGUAGAGAAUGGUUUAGCUAAAUAGCUGCCAUAAAUCAUUCUUUUUAUCUAAAUAUGUUUUUUAUA